AUGGCGACCGCGAAGGACCGCACGCUGUUGGCCGUCAUUGGCGAUGAGGACACUGUGACCGGUAUGCUGCUCGCAGGCAUCGGGCAAGUGGACCAACGUCAGAAGCGAAACUUCCUCGUCGUUGACUCUAAGACCAACGUACCAGUGAUUGAGACAGCUUUUGAAGAGUUCACCCAGCGGAAGGACGUUGCCAUCCUCCUAAUUAACCAGCACAUCGCAGAGAAAAUCAGGCCCCUAGUGGACAAGUAUGAACAGGCAUUCCCUGCAUUGUUGGAGAUCCCAUCAAAGGACCAUCCAUAUGACCCAAACAAGGAUUCGGUACUAAAACGCGUCCAGAAAUUGUUUGGCGAAUGA